AAGAAUCUUUAAAGAACCCCACAACAAUAAUUUAAUUUUUUUUAAAAUCCCUUCAAUCAUUUACUAAAAUUUCCUUUGAUUCGAACAAAAAUCUAUCAAUUAAUCGAUCAGCAACGGCUAACGAUAUUGCAAUAUUUCAUUUCUAUAUGGUUAUCAUUUUCUGAAACUGUAUGCGUGUGUAUUUAUAUUGUUUUUAAAUUCACUCAACAGAGUUCGAGAAAGACGAGCAACUCCAAAUCAGGAAAAGAAUCCUGCAGAAGAUAAAUACUUUUCUGUAUCGAUUGAACAUUGUAAACAUUUGUUUCAUCGAAACAGAAUAUAUUUUAAAUUUGACAUCCACUAGUUGAUCGAUGCAUUGAUUCAAAACAUUCAAAUUCUUUCAUUGUCGUGAAAAUGACCAAAGAAAACACAUCAUCCGCUUCAUCCGCAAAGGCUGAAAAGAACAGCAAAAAUAAUAAAAAUAAACAAGAUGAUGAGUUUGAUUUAAUACCGAUGGCCAAAAAAUUUGGUAAAUUAUUCGGAUGUAUGUUAUUUGGCUAUAUGAUUGGUUAUACAAAUAUGAGUACUUGGUGGCUAUCUGUGACAGCAUUCAUGUGGAUUAUUCGUGAUAAAAAUCGCCUUUUACAACAACGACGAUUACUAUUUGAACGAGCCGUCGCUGAAGAUGAAAAAAAUAUUGUAAAAUAUUCGAUGCAAGAUUUGCCCGGUUGGGUCCUGUUUCCGGACACUGAACGAGCUGAAUGGUUAAACCGAAUAUUUAAACAAAUGUGGCCUUUUCUCGGUGAAUAUGUGAAAAAUUUGCUGAAAAAUAAAAUCGAACAAAACAUUGAUCAAGUUAUGCCUGAUUAUUGUAAAGGAUUCCGUUUUGAAAAAAUUGAUCUUGGCUGUGUGCCAUUAAGACUUGGCAGUGUUAAAUGUUAUGAUGAAAACACGUCUCGAGAUGAGAUCAUUCUCGACCUUGAACUGAUAUAUGCAGGAAAUUGUGAUAUUCAAGUGCGAAUAAAGGGCCUUAACGCUGGCAUCAAAGAUUUUCAACUGUAUGGUAUUGUUCGCAUCGAAUUAAAACCAUUGAUGAAAGAUAUGCCAUUGAUCGGCUGUGUAUCGAUUUACUUCUUGAAAAAUCCAGUCAUAGAAUUCAAUUUUACCAAUGUUGCCGAUGUACUUGAUUUUCCAGGUCUCAGUGAAUUUCUUCGUAAUGCAAUCAAAGAACAGAUUGGUAAAAUGAUGGUUCUUCCAAAUAAAUUCGUCUGCCCACUGGUCAGUGAUCUUAAAGGCCAUGUGAUCAAAUUUACGCAACCUUUGGGCGUUGUACGAUUGGAAGUAAUAGAAGCACGACAUUUGAAAAAAGCUGACGUUGGUAUGCUUGGUCUAGGCAAGAGUGAUCCAUAUGUGAACAUUAUUAUCGGGAAUCAAGAAUAUAAAACGGCUACCGUCUAUAAUACGAUUAAUCCUAAAUGGAACUUCAUCUGUGAAACGUUAGCUUUCUUCUCUACACAGAGUAUUGAUUUAGAAGUAAUGGAUGAAGAUCAAGGAAGUAAAGAUGAUUUUCUUGGUCGAAUUUCCUUCUCAAUUGAAUCAAUUAUGCAAGACGGUAUCAUUGAUGCUUGGGUAAAUCUUAAAGAUGCUAAAACUGGAAGAAUUCAUGUUCGAGCCACAUGGCUUCAAUUGGAACAUUCGAUGGAAAAUCUUUCUGAUCAAUUAAGAGAAUGUCGUCUGCUUAAAACGGAGUAUAAUAAUACUCAAGAUCACCCUCAUGGUUCAAUCGCAUGCCUUAUGAUUUAUCUGGACAGUUUGAAAAACUUACCUUUGAUGGCCAAAUCAAUUGGAGAGCCAAGUUCACAAGUUAUUUUUCAAUUGAAUAAACAAAUAGAGAAAAGUAUUGUAAAAACAUUUACAGCUAAUCCGGUAUGGGAAGAAAAUUUUCAUUUUCUUAUGGAUCAAUUUAAUCCGGAAGAUGAAAUUCAUAUUGAAGUAAUUGAUACAAAAAGUAACAGAAAGAUUGGUGAUACAAGUAUCAAGAUGGAAGAAUUAACACAAUCGAAAAAUAUGACACACAAUGAGCCAUUAAUAAUAAAAACUUAUAAUUAUAGUUUUGAAUUGCAUGGUAUUUUUUCGCUUUGGUUUUUGACAUCACCGACAAUUAAAAAAGUACGAAUGGUUAAUGAUGAAACCAUUGAAGAACGUACCGAUACAAUUCCAGCAAUGGAAGAUCUUGUCAAAGGGACGGUUGAGCCUAUUGCUAAAAUUAGUGGUCUUGAUCAUAAUGUUAUGGAAAUCGGCCAAAAGCAGCUACAGAAACAUUAUAAACAAUAUAGUGUCGAAAAUUUAAAAAAUUUAGAACUCAAAGACAUAAUAAAACCGUUGAUUCAACAACAGCAAAUACAAAACAACAACAACAAUAACAAUUAUUCAAGUCAUGAAGAUUCGACAAGUUUGACAUUAUCAACAUCGAGUACAUUAAGUUCAAUACAUUCAAAUAAUCCCAUGCUCAAGAUAACUAUAAACAAAUUAGAUGAAAAAGAUAAUCAUGAUGAUCCGAAAUGGGAGAUUAUUGCCCAUAAAGCUAGGAAUCUACCGAAAAAAGAUGAUAGACCACCGGAUUCAUAUGUGAAAAUUUAUACCCAACCUGAUCGCUUUAAAUCAAAACAGGAUAAACGAAAUAAAUCAGUUACGAUAAAAAAUACUUGCAAUCCAGUUUAUGAAGAAAGAUUUUUACUUGACCUUGAUAUUGAACUCGAAUCAAUAAAAUUGGUCGUACUAAGCCGAUUAGAAGGUUUGUUCAAGAAAAAUAAAUCAGCCAUUGGUCAUGUUGAAAUAAAUUUUAGUGAUUAUUUGGAUGUUAAACUUCCCAUUACUAAAUGGUUUGAACUUGAAAUGGAACAGCAACAAUCAUCGGAUGAAUAAUAAUUAUUAUAAUUUUUUGUUGUGCAUUUUUUUUAUUUAUAAUUAUCUCUUGAAUUAUUUUUUUGAAUGAUAAGAUGGGUAAUAUUUGUAUAGCCAAACCUGAUCGACACCGGAA